AUGCCGGACCCGAGGGUUAAGCCGGUGUCGGCUAGUGACUCUGCUACAUCAGAUGAAGCAUCCAAAUUGGAACUCUACCUCCAAAGACAACUUGAGGAGGAUGUAGCAAGAAUAUUUGAUGAAUCCAUUUAUUCCGAUUUGGAAGUUGUGUGUGGAAAAUUAAAAAUACUAACCCAUUCUUGUAUACUAAAAGCACGUACAAACAAAUUUUAUAGGAAGCUUGAUGCCAUUUUGCAUGUCAACAUUGGACGGGAAACAUUUGAUGAAAUAUAUUCUUUCAUAAGUGAUGCCUAUACUGAAUGUGACAUAACAGCACAGGAAAAAGAAAUACUAAUAUUCCUUAAGAGAAAAUUAUUUACAAAUAGUUCUAAUAAUCUCCCUGAAUCAAAAAAAAUCAAGGAUGAGAUAGAAGAUAUUGACGUGUUUUUAACCCCAAAUUGCCCGAGUCCUUAUAAAGAGAAAAUAUGUCAAGAACUUUCAUGCCUUAGUCCCAGUACUGAAUUAACUAAGGAGUAUUAUGCACUGGUACAUAUUGAAGGUAAUUUAUUAGAACAAGAGCUCAUAGAACAAGACGCUUUGUCAGAUGCGUUUCAUACUAUCAUAAAGUCGCAAGAUAGGAGUACAACUAAGAAUUCGCAACGUAUUAAACCUUCGUCUUUGUCUCUAAUAUCUAGUCAUUCACCCAAAACCAUAAAACAUUCCAAUAAUUGUGAUAUCUAUAGUAAAUUACCGCUUGAGCAAAAUUCUUUAAGGAAUGGGAAAGAAAUCGAAAAAGAAAAUUAUAAUGUAUGCAUGAAACCUUUUGACCAAUAUUCUAAGAUAGUAGAUUUUGGCAAAGUCAAUGGGAAUGAAUCUUUGGCUGAAAAGUUAUUGGAUCCCGCAUACUCACCUGAUAGUUUAAUAACAGACGACCCUAGUUCGUCAUCUGAUUAUUUAUCCGCUGCGUACGCUUGUUCUCCGGCGUUGGGAUCUUCUGGGUGUUUGCCUCAAUUAAAUGCUGGCGAAAAUAGCACUAAAAUGGAAAAUAUUUUUACUUCUUCCGAUUCGGGGUUGGAUAAUACUGGUAUGCUGGAAAGUCUCAAUAGCCAUAAAGAUGUUAUGUUGACAGAUUUAUCGCUAACUGAGAGCACUUUGCACGAUUUAACUAUAGAAGAUACAAAUCAUUCCCAGGAAUCUACAUCAAGUCCAGAAGCUGACUUAAAUCAAAUUCAGAAAAUAAAAUUACCACUUCAUCGAACUGGAACAUCAUCCUUAAAUAGCGCUUAUCAAGACUCUAGCAGUAACGGAAUAAAAGGAACUUCUAACUCAAAAUCAAAUGAUAUAGUUUAUGGAAAAUCUUCUAAAGAAGAAAAGCAACGUCAAAAUGAAGAAAUUGUAAUAUUAGAAUCUUCUUCGGUCUCGUCUGAGACUGGAUCUUGGGAAUCAGUCUUUCCGCCAAAAAUUACUGAUAAGGAGAUAUGCGAUAAAUUUAUUCAUAAUGAACGUCAGUUUGUAAAUGAAGAUGUUAUAAUAAAGAAAGGCGACACCCAUAAUAUGUCGGAAUGUCAAAGUUAUGAAAAAUCUUCAACUAAAACAACACCAUGUUUCAUAGACGCAGCUAGUUUAGCUGAUGAAGAUCAAGUUUCUGUAAAUCUUCAAGAACAAACAGACCAGGAAAAUGUUAAACAUGAAUCUGACUAUAUACCUGUACCAAGCCAACCAGUACCUUGCUCCCGACCCGACAUUAGUCCAGGGGACUGGUCGGAAAGCAAUGACAACGAAGAUUCUUUAGAACAACCCGACAACAAAGAACCAGACUCCAUACAAAAAGACUUAUCUCCGACUAUUUUCGAAAUGACACCUAUCACUGAAGAUUCAUUAAGUACGAAUGAUAUGCAUGAAAACAAAGACAUAUUUGAAACUAAAUAUCCAUCUACAUGUCAACCCGAAAAAUCAGCUUCACUUUCUACAAAUACUGUAUACAUGGGAACUACGCCACAUAAUUCAAUUAUGUCAUUGAAAACUUCAUCAUUAAAGCAGUAUGAAUCGGAAGAAAGUGAGAGUGAUACGAUUGUUAUAAGCAGAGAAAGUCUUACGAAUUUUAGAUCAAGUAGGUUCAAUGAAUCUUCGCCUAUUGUGUCAGGUGGCGCUUCGAUUGAAGAUGUUCGUUCUCCUAAAAUAGGAACACAAAACAAUAGCCCUUCAGUUCGAAGAAAAGUGGAAAACAUACCGAUAGUAACUGGUGCUUGCUUAAAUCAAGAGAGCACCAGCUUACCCAAAUCACCAAAAUCCGUUUCAGGAUCAGCUUGGGUGGUAGAUAUGUCAUCAACUCCCAAAGUAAUAGAAGUAUCCAAAAGUGCAUUUAGCCAAAACUUAAACAAGAAACCUGGUGAUAGAGUAUGUGAGACAUUAAAAAAUGAAACAAAGCAUACUAAUACCGAAACAUGUAGUAAAAGCAGAAGUUCUGUUGAAUCUGAUAGCAGUGAAAAAUCUGGCCAUAAGUUUUAUAUAGAUUUAUCGACAUUGCCUGACCCACUGCCGCCGGAAAAACCAAACAAUGAUGAAAGUACUACUGAAAAAAAAAAUAUUUUUUCUAUGUACAUUGAUUUAGGAGAGAAAUCAACGCUAAAAGAAAUGCCAACUAGGUUGUCAUCUUCGCUAAAUGUUAAGAAACAAUCGAAUGACAGUAAAAUUUUAAUAAAAAAUUCAAAAAAUACUAAAGUAGUGAGUAAUGAAAAAGUCACUUCUUUAAAUUCAUCAUCGUCUUAUUUCCAAGAUCAAAGCACUGUUUCAACAACAUUUGAGAGAUACGAAUCGUUGUGUAACGACCCAAACAUAACUAUCUCGGAAAUCAUAGCCAUCCCAGAACCAGCUCUAAAAACAACAAAACCGCCUAGUGAAGUUGAAAAUAUAAAAAAUGAAAAGCAACAUCUUCGGCGUAAUGGUGAUAAGAGUUUUAUAUCCAAUACGUCAUUUACUAUUCACGAAGAGUCUACUAAUGAGCAGUCAGAUCUUUUUGUUAAAUUAUCUGACUUAGACAAACCAAUUCAAACUUCGGAUAUUUUUGAAAGAGAUAGCUUUGAUGUUAGAAUGACGAGAUCUAUACCAGAAAAUAAUUGGUCACAACAAAAUAUUGCUUCAACGUCAAGAUCUAGUGAAGUUAUUAGUUCGUUUCAUUCAGAAAACGCAUUAAGUUUGAAUAGAUUGUUUCCUCAUUUAAAGAACGAAUUUAGCAAAAGCAUGCCUAUAUCGCUGUCCGGUAGGACACGAUCACCUUUAAGGCAAGGUGGAUCGUCGAGUGUUGGUGAAAUAGACGAGCAAGUUUCAGACGUAUCUGAAAUCAGUAGCGUGCAGAGUAGCAUGUGUCGUUCUGUUAUAGAAAACAGUACUACCGAGGAAACAAGUCAAACAUCGAGUUCUAUCGGUAACUGUCAAUCUCGUUUGGGUCAAGACUUGCUUCGAAUGUUUCUAGAGGAAAUAGCCCCAGACGUAAUUGUGGAAGUGUCUGGGAAACGCAUUAAGGCACAUAAGUGUAUAUUAUCGUCAAGAUGUCAAUAUUUUGCUGGCAUAUUAAGUGGCGGAUGGGUCGAAAGCGCUGGAAACGUUAUCGUUUUACCGCCGUUUUCCUUCAAUGUAGUGCAUUUCGCUCUAUGCCACAUAUACUCGGGCUUGUCGACUAUUCCCGAUUCAGUAAGCAUUGUGGAAUUAGCGACCAUCGCCGAUAUGUUAGGACUUGAAGGGCUGAAGGAAGCUAUCAUGUUCACUCUAAAGGCCAAAUAUUGCCAUCAUUUCCAUAGGCCCUGUCAAGUAUGCACUGCCGGCGUACUAGAGUGUUUCCCACUGUCUUCGGUGUAUGGGUUAGACGAUUUAUACCGUAAAUGUUUGAGGUGGAUCACCAAGUACUUCACAAAAGUGUGGCCCACCAAGACCUUUGCUACGCUUCCGAAGGAGUUACUGGACAAGUGCUAUCAAGAACACAUCGUUAAUCUCUCCACUGACAAUCUCAUAGAAACUGUCUAUGGAUGUGGUAUUACAGUGGCAUCACUACAAAAUAGUAGGUGGGCGGAGAUUGUGGCUCGGAUGUGUCGAAAGCUGGUGAAUGCUGCGGCUCACUUCGCGGCGCCAAGACUCCUGGCUGUGCUGGAAAUGAUAUCCUUAGUACCUGAUGCACCCAAUUCCGCCAAACAGGCCUUGGACGACUGCCUAGCAGCUGCCAUAGAAUGGGCACCGCCAGAUGAAACUUGCCGUGCUUAUGCCUUCCUCUCGACUCUCAUCCGAGAUAUCCGAAACCAACACUCCAAACCUGAUCUUAUUAACAACCAAACGAACAAAGUACCUGAGCCCAAUAACUUGUUAUACACACAUGCCGGCAGUUGGAGGCUUCAAUGUGAAGGCGCUCUCGUCAGAGCUGCCCCAAGAGUCGUCGGGACUCAAGCCUUCAAAGAUUUACCCACGGACCUAAGGAGACGACUUAGGGAAUUAGGAUGCAUCAUGUACGGACCACAGGCGAUACCUCUCACAGCAUCCCCUCUGCAAGACAGAAAAACUAAAAGUACAUAUCAGAGCAAACCUAAAACGAUCAAUCCCGCAACCACGCGUAGUCUUGAUAUGGAAAAAGUAAGGAACUCCUUUGUUCCCUACAAACCGAAACCAAUUGUGAUCGCACCACCAAAAGAUAAGGUUCCGAGCACUUGUGAAUUGCGAGACAAGAGGGUCAACAACAAGAUUAGCAUACCCAAAGUGAGGACGACCAAAGCGCAAGAAGAGCGGGCGAAGUUUAACCAAACAAAGACACUAACAUCGCAGGAUCGAUCAGUUAGUAACAAGCCGGUCGCAGUUCGACCCCACCCGUUCGAGAACACGAAACCAAGUGAGUCGUCGCGUAAUUCAAGUCCCAUCCAGUCAAGGAAUUUGAGGACUGGCCGACUGGCGGCAAACCAGGUGUGCGAGAAAAAGUCUCACGCUAUGUCUCAAGAUAGCCUGGCAACGUCCUCAAGGCCACGCACCGCAGAGCCUUCGACGGAUUCAUUGAGUGAGUCUCAGAACAGCAACAAGUAUGCCACCUACACUAAAACUAAGCACACUGGAAAAGGAUCUGUUGAAUCAGUGGUUUCAAAAUGUCAACUUCUAUCGCCAUCGUCACUAUUGAACGCCAACGUGAAGACGAAGAUCCCAGUUUAUUUCAACCAAAACUCAGUGUCAUGCAAUGGUAGUGGCAAGUCGAAUACCAGCACAAAAGGGCAAGUAUGCACACAUUCCGCUAAAAUCAAGUCUCGAGUAUUUGAGAGGAAAGUAUCAGGUUCUUUAAUGAGCGCAACAAAAUCCAGUUCCGCCAAAAUUGUACCAAAAGUUGCGAAAGAACAUCCGCCUAAAUUGUGCAAACAGCAUAAACAUGCGACGAAAAUAAAUACCAGCAGUAAUAUAAACAGGCGGGAGGAACAUGAACCCAUACCGGCGAUGGAACGUUCUGGAACCUUCCUGAAAGACGAACCCAUGUUCGCCACAAAAUCCACCAACAUAGAUAAGGCCCAG